GCUUAUAUAUGUCUCACAUUAUAUAGACAGAACCAACGUAGAAGCAUACCAAGAAACUUUGCACUUUCUUAACAACCCCUUUAUAUAUUUUCAAAGAUUGUGUUCAAAUUUAUAGUAAACCAAACAAAUCCUAAACUUCCCGAAGCCAUGGAAGAGGUCAUGAAUUUCAUCAUGCGUGCUUUUGAAUUAGCAAAAAAUCUUGAACUAGAACUACCUAACAUAACCAACCACCCUGAAAUGCUAUUCUCAUCCAUUGAUGAAGUAGAAAAAGCAUUUAAUGCUGCCAAAGAAAGAGUAAUGAUGAUGUUGUCCUCACAACAUGACACAACAACAACAACAAAACCUUCUAAUUCCUUUGCUCAAAUUCCGUCUCAUGAUGUUUUCAUGCAAAAAACUCAACAUGCUCAAAUUGGUGGAAGUGGAAGUGCAAUUUCAAUGCAUGCACAUUCAAUGGAUCAAUUGCUUCUAAUUCAACACCCUUUUGAUGUGAGUGUUCUACUUGAGAAUAAGAUGAUAAGUGGUGGUGGUGAUGUUCACUUGUUAAGGUCUAGAGGAACUUUGAGGAUUGGUGAAAUGGGUGGUGGGAGGGAUGUGGAAGGUUUAGAUAGAUCAAAAGGGAUAGAAGGAGAUCAAAUGCAAGGAAUAGAAACACCACCUUCAAGACCAAAAAAAUGCAGCAGGAAGAAUGAUUUGGAGAAGAGAACAGAGAUGUAUCCAGCACCUCAGAUUGGAAACACUGAAAUGCCACCAGAAGAUGGCUUUACUUGGAGAAAAUAUGGCCAAAAAGAAAUACUUGGCCGCAAGCACCCAAGAAGUUACUAUAGGUGCACACACCAAAAAUUAUAUUUGUGUCCAGCCAAGAAGCAAGUGCAAAGACUUGAUGAAAACCCUAACAUAGUUGAAGUAACAUAUAGAGGUGAACACAUUUGUCACAAAUCCUUAACAGCACCAUCAUCAUAUCCACCACCACCAAACCUACUUGUCAACAUUAGUACCAUUGAGACUGCCAUUUCUUCCCAAGGGUGGCCACCUGUGGUGAACCACGACCUCAGGGACGGAGACGGUAGUGGUGGACCCUCUAAUUCAAGAUUCGGCAUUGAUUAUCCGGUGGCCGAUAUGGCGGAUGUAAUGUUCAACUCGGGUAGUAGCAGUGGCAAUAGUAUGGAAUCACUCUUUUAUAUAACUGAAGAUAAAGGUGAACCUGAUGAGGAGAAACACUGAACAAUAUAUAAAGUAAUUCAUUUUCUGUUGAAGUUAUUUUCCAACGAUUUUCUCAUUUUGCAACAUAACUAGCUAGUUGAUAUAUGGCAUGCUUCAUGUUUAUUAUUAUGUAAUGCAAGUUUAAUUUUGUAGCUGAUGCAUAGAAGAGAGAAAUUAUGUAAGUAAUUCGAAUUCAUAAUUGUUUCCCCUUGUGUAAUAUUUGCAAUUUCAUAGAAUAAAACUUAGUUUUGUUU